AUUCAAAAUGGCGCUUCCCAUGGGGACAUGAUUUGCAGCAAGAAUGUUUAUUUUUCUUUAUAAAGUUCUAUAAUGAGCUGUAUUAAAUAGGACAUGUAAAUCAUUCUAGCUGUCUACUAAGAAGCCAUGAGAAAUUUAAAACUUCUGCGUUGUGAACAAACCCCAGCCUGUGAGAGUUAUCCGGAUGUCCGUCAGUCCAGCAUAGAUCCAGAUACUGGAACACUAUACUGUGCAACAAGAACGUUAUUGUUUGGAUUGACAAGUGAUGGAAAGAAAUGUUAUGAAGCUCCUUUGACCGAGUACAUUCCAACCGAUGGGUCUGGUGAUGUCAUUGGUUUACAGUAUCUUCCAGAUCAGCAGUCAAACUGUGUCGCCACUAGCUCAGGAGAUGUUCUGCUGUGCAAUUCCUCCUAUCAAGAGAUUGAAUGUGUUGGUAAUGUCGAUAGUGGAUUGUUGGCUAUGGCGUGGAGUCCAGAUCAAGAUGUGGUUGUAUUUGUUACAGGAGCCGAUACUUUAAUUUUGAUGAAUCGAGAAUUUGAUCCCAUCACAGAGGUACCACUUCAACCACCGGAUGCAGGAGAAGCUGAAUUUGUGAAUGUUGGCUGGGGAAAAAAAGAAACCCAGUUUCAUGGAUCAGAGGGAAAAGAUGCUGCCAAGAAGAAGGCGGAGGAAGUUGGUCAAGCACUAUACAUGGAUGAUCAGCGACCACGGGUGUCCUGGCGAGGUGAUGGUCAAUACUUUGUCGUCAGCAGCAUUCACAAAACAACAGGAUGCCGGUGUCUACAUGUGUGGACCAGGGAGUGUAUACUUCACUCAACAGGGGAGGUGCUUAAUGGUUUGGAGCAAGCCCUUGCUUGGAAACCAAGUGGCAGUCUGAUUGCGUCGACAAGGAGAAAGCCAAACAAACAUGAAGUGGUGUUCUUCGAGAAGAAUGGACUGAACCAUGGGGAAUUCACUCUGCCAUUCCAACACGAUCAGAUUACGGUGUGUGAGCUGUUGUGGAACUCUGACUCCACAGUGUUGGCUGUUUGGUGUGAAGAGUUGACACCGUCAAAGGACAAUGAUGGUCGUCGGUCAAACACAUACAUUCAGUUGUGGACUGUGAACAACUACCACUGGUAUCUGAAGCAGAGCCUUCACUUCAUCUCACAGCCGGGUGAUGGCAUUGUGACUGUUCUGUGGGACCCCGAGCAGGCCUACAAGCUACACGUCGUGUUGUCCAGCGGUCAGCACCUCGGUUACACCUGGGCCUGGACCACAGAUAACAGUCUCGGGAAGUCGGCUGAUGAUGACGCAGUCACUGCUGUUAUUGAUGGAGACCAAGUUCUGGUGACUCCGUUCCGUGUGAUGGUUGUCCCCCCACCCAUGUGUGCGUACAGUCUGCAGCUCCCGGCCCCAGUCUGUCAGGUAGCGUUUGGCUCGGACAGAGCCGACAUUGCUGUGAUCACAAACAACAACAAACUAGCUAUCUACAAACAACUGGACAGCAGUGACAAAGAGACAAAAUCUGAUGACAGUGUAACCAUAUCGGCAGCUGGUGGUAAUGGUUUCAAGUCUCAGUGCAACACACACAGGCUACAGGCUGUUUACAGUAUUGAUGUGGGCAGCUCAGGACUGGACCGAGACUCUCUGACAGUGAUGCAUCUCACCUGGGUCUCGGAUGACUUGUUUGUCUUUGCUGUCACCGACUCCACCACCAGAACAUCUCUACUGUGUUCAGCCUCACUGUCAAACAGUAGUCUGCAGAUCAGCUGUGUGACAGAAGUUCAACAUGGAGUGGUGUCGAGUCUGUGUCGCAGUCUGAAGGCUGGUACUUUGGCUCUACAGACUCAGGAUGGAUCUCUCUUCAGGUUCACUCCGGCAUCGUCCAGUGGAGAGAGUGGGAAACUUGAAUCGUGGUCAGACAGCCGAGGGGCAGUUAUCAGAUUUCCAUACUUCUGUACACAGAUGGCCACAUGUGCGUUUGCCAAUAAUGAAGUAGUACUUGGACUGACAGAGAGAUACAGGUUUUAUGUCAAUGAUGUGGAGUUUGCCUCCAACUGUACAUCAUUUGCCAUCCAUGAUGAAUUCCUCCUGCUCACGACGCUGGCUCACACACUGCGCUGUAUCUGUUUCACUACAAAGGUGUCUGAUCUGCACAGUCUGCUGCAUGGUAAAGCUCACCCGUUUGACGAGAGUGUACGACGGGUUGAACGGGGGUCACGAAUCGUGACUGCUGUGCGAGGGGAGACAACUGUUGUUCUGCAGAUGCCGCGUGGAAACCUCGAGGUUAUCCACCCGCGAGCUCUGGUCCUCUCAGCCAUCAAGAAACAUCUUGACAAUCUACAGUACCAGAAAGCUCUGAUUCUGAUGAGAAAGCACCGAAUUAACACCAAUCUGAUCUAUGACCAUGACCCGGAGUGUUUCCGAAACAAUGUGCUCCAGUUUGUGUUACAAGUGAAAGAAGCCAACUACAUCAACUUGUUUCUCACGGAUCUCCAGGAAGAAGAUGUAACUGUCACAAUGUACACAGCAACCUACAAGAGAGUGCCAGUUGCUGUAGUUGAUGACGACGAUAGUGAUAAACCUAAAAAAGUGGAUGUUGUGUGCGACUGCAUGCGAGAAGCUCUGACUGCUAUAGAUAAAGACAAAUACAUCCUCUCCAUUCUGACGUGUCACGUGAAGAAAACCAAGCCAGACCUGGAAGAGGCACUGCACGUCAUUAAGCAGGUCAAAGAGAGUCCUGCAGGGUCGCGGUCUGUCACAACGGACGAGACUCUCAAGUAUCUGCUUUUCCUCGUCGAUGUCAACAACCUGUACGAUGUCGCUCUCGGAAUGUACGACUUCGACCUCGUACUCCUGGUGGCUCAGAAAUCACAGAAGGACCCUAAAGAGUAUGUACCAUUUCUGAAUGAGUUGAGGCGUAUGGAAGGCAACAUGAUGAAGUAUACAAUAGACGUUCAUUUACGAAGAUUCCACAAGGCUCUUGUACAUAUCAGUAAAUGUGGACCAGAUCAUUUUGACCAGUGCUUGUCUUUAAUACAAGAGCAUAAACUUUACCUGGAGGCCAUACCAUUAUUUCCCAAUUCAUCCAACAAUUACAAGCAAGUGUGUAAGGUCUAUGGCCAGUACCUGUGUGAGAAGAACAGACAAGAUGAAGCAGGCGUCAUGUUUCUGAAAGCGGGAGACUGGCAGAUGGCGCUGGACGCGUUUGUGUCAUGUCACAACUGGCGACAGGUCUUCUGUGUCACCUCACUGUUGGGCUACACGCCGGACAAGGAGAUCCAGAUAGCGAGAAAACUGGCUGCCCAGAUAAAGGACCUGAAGAACUACAGUGAUGCUGCUGUUAUAUUUGAACAACAUGCUAAGGAUACCGAGGAAGCCAUUGUUUGUCUUGUGGAAGGGUGUCUUUGGGAUGAAGCACUACGAAUGAUGUACAAGCACACGCGUACUGACUUCAUUGAGACAAAUCUGAAAAGUGGAUUACUGGAAAGUCACAGUCACACGAUGGAAGGACUACAGAGCAUGAGGACCGACUUUGACAAACACAGACACAGACUUAGAACUGUCAGAGAACACAAGAGGAAAGCAAGUCUGGACCUGCUAGAUGGCGAGAGUGCAAUGAACGUCCACAAUUCAGACCUGUUCUCUGACACCAGCAGUGUCCUGUCUGCUCAGUCGACGGUCGACAGUCGGAGAUCCACCGUCAUCAGCAGGGUGUCUGGACAGUCGGCCCGAAGUCGUCGUAGAGGAGAAACCAAGCGGUGGAGUCUGAAGGAAGGGAGUCAGUUUGAAGAGUUUGCCUUGAUCGACGCUCUGUCUAAACUCAUCGUGUCUGUCGAUUCCAUGAGAGAUGAAAUAAAUAGUCUGAUGAAAGCGUUGGUCCAGUUCAGUUUUGACGAGAAAGCAGCAACAUUACAGAGUGUAUACGACAAAUUCCUCGGACUGAUAGAGAAAUCAAUUCCUGACAUUUGGUCUGACGACGAUGCUGCAGGUUCUACUAACCAACCAACUCUUGGGCCAGGAUUGACUGCCAAUGCUAUUGCUCAGGCCAUGCAGAAAGGAGAAACUCAGAAACAGUCUGAGAAAUUAGAUCCCGUACUUCGUGUUCCACCCAAACUAAGGAAAGAGGUUCGAUGGCGACUGCAUAUGGUGCAGAGCACAGAUUCCUGAAAUACUGAUCUUCUCAUAGUCCAUAAUAAUAAUAAUAAAUAAGCCAAUACCUUCGGUCCUAGGGCAUAGACAAUUUUGCCUUGUCAUCUCUGCCUUUGUGUGAGCAUUGAUAAAUCGUGAACAAAAAUAAAAUGCAGGUUUUUAAA